AUCAUGUGUGGGAUAUGGGCGCUCUUUGGAGGCACUUGGUCACCAAAAAGCAGCGAGGAUGUGGCCCGCCUGACAUCCUCUGCCGCCAAGGUGAGCCAUCGAGGGCCCGACGGAUUCCGUUUCGAACACGUCCCCGACGUGCCCAAAUGCCCAUGUUUUCUUGGAUUUCACCGGCUGAACAUCGUUGGGGGAUCGUACUGGAUGCAGCCUAUGCGGUUGAAGCAAUAUCCUCACCUAUGGAUGAUAUACAACGGCGAGAUAUACAACUUCAAGAAGGUCCAAUCGGUUUAUAAUCUGCCUUAUGAGACCGACGUGGACGGAGAAGCUAUCAUUCAUCUCUAUGUGAAAGGUGGGGCUCAUUUCGCUGCUUCCAUGUUAGACGGCGUGUUUGCCUUCUGCAUACUGGACACCAGCAAAAAACAGGUUCAUCUUGGACGCGACACAUAUGGGAUCAAACCACUCUUUACUUCAACUCAAAGUGAUUCACUCUUACUCUGUUCCGAGGCCAAAGGGCUGGUCAGUCUCUGCAACGGAAGUGAUAUCAACUGGUUCCUUCCGGGUCACGUUCAAACUUUCAACAUUCUUCCUGAUGGAAGGGUCUCGGCUGCAUCGGAUCCAGUCCGAUUUCAUUCGAUCGAUUCCAAACCCAAGUCGAAUGAUAUCGAUCUUGACAUAAACGUCGAAUUCGGUCUAUCUGAUGACAUCCUAUCAAACGUCCGUCGUCUUUUUGAGGACGCUGUUAGAAAACGGUUGAUGAGUGCUCGACGCAUUGGAUGUUUAUUGUCAGGUGGUCUUGAUUCCAGUCUUGUCGCAGCCUCGGUCUCUAAAAUUCUAGGUGAACAUCCAAGGGGGUACCCGCUACAGACAUUCUCUAUAGGGAUGGACGGAAGCCCGGACAUAGCUGCAGCAAGAAAGGUAUCCUCUCAUAUCGGCAGUGAGCACCACGAAAUCACAUUCACUGUCCCACAAGGCAUUGCGGCUGUUCGUGACGUCAUCUAUUCCCUUGAGACAUAUGACAUCAUGGGCAUCAGACCAAGUAUAGCUAUGUACUUCCUGCUCAAGUACAUUCGCAACCAGACCGAUACAACGGUUGUCUUCUCUGGCGAAGGUGCGGACGAGCUUGCUCAAGGAUACCUCUACUUCUACAAGCAGCCGAGCAUAGAGGCGGGGGAUGAAGAGAGCAGGCGACUCCUACGAGAUUUGUACAUGUAUGAUGUCCUCAGGGCAGAUCGUGUGUCUUCGGCACAUGGCCUUGAAAUCCGGGUGCCCUUCCUCGACCACCUCUUCACAUCGUACUACCUCUCUCUCCCACCGGAGUUACGUCGACCGAUCAACGGUAUCGAAAAGUUUCUGAUCCGGAAGUCCUUCGACGAUGGAGAUUUCCUUCCGGAAGAGAUACUGUGGAGGACCAAGGAAGGGUUUACUGACGGUGUGUCUUCGGUUGAGAAGUCGUGGUAUGUUAUUCUCAAGGAGCACUUCGAACAACAGAUCACAGAUAAUAUGAUGGAUGAAUCUCCAAUUACAUUUCCUUUCAACCCUCCAACAACAAAGGAGUCCUACUACUACCGAAUGGUAUUUGAAGAGUUCUUUCCGGGGAGAGCUAAAUGGACUCCUUACAUAUGGAUGCCUAGUUGGGUAGGUGACGUAGAUCCUGCAGCUCGGGCCCUGAAACACUAUGCUCAUGGCGAACACGACGCUUCCAGAGGGCGCCAGUUUUGCCUUGCAGACAUCCUUGGGAGUACCAAUGACCAUCGUGUGUAGGGGUAAAA